AUGGAUAAGAUUCAACUAGAGCCGAAGGUCCCAGACACACCGCAAAAACUGCUGGUGCCCGCUGGUGCCCGGUGGAGCCCGCUGGUGCACGCUGGUGCCCGCUGGUGCCCGCUGGUGCCCGCUGGUGCACGCUGGUGCCCGCUGGUGCCCGCUGGUGCCCGGUGGAGCCCGCUGGUGCCCGCUGGUGCCCGGUGGAGCCCACUGGUGCCCGCUGGUGCGCGCUGGUGCCCGCUGGUGCACGCUGGUGCCCGCUGGUGCCCGCUGGUGCACGCUGGUGCCCGCUGGUGCCCGGUGGAGCCCGCUGGUGCCCGCUGGUGCAUGCUGGUGCCCGCUGGUGCCCGGUGGUGCCCGCUGGUGCACGCUGGUGCCCGCUGGUGCCCGGUGGAGCCCGCUGGUGCACGCUGGUGCACGCUGGUGCACGCUGACUCUACCUUUCUACCCGAGGAGCAGCUGCCUGGCAGCAGAGUAAAGGAGCGUCAGUUAUUUCCAGACAAACUGCAGCAGACAGGCAGGUUGGAGCUGGAGGGCUCGAGAGGUCCAUGA